UUUGCCUGUUAAAAGGAACAUAUUUCUCGAACUUUCAUAUAAAUUCUAUCUUCUAAACAAGAAUCUAAAGAAAACUUAAAUACAAUCAAAAUUAUUGUAAGUUAUUAGAAAAUCAUUAAAUUAAAAUUGUAUGUAUACCAACUCUAGUGUUUUCUAAAACUUACUAGCUAUAAGCUAAAAAUAGGAACAUCUUUAAAAAGAAAAAAAAAAGCAUUUCAAUGAAAUAUGCUUUCUAUUACAUAUAAUGGGUAUAAAUAGCUAGCAAUAUGGUCUAAGGUUUUGUCACAAACUUUAAACAGUAGAUUUCUCAAAUAAGUUGUUACAAUUCAAGUUUCCAAAUUAAGGUGUUUUAAUAAUUUUUAGCUUGUCAAUUAAUUAUGAUUAGUUUAGAUGAUAUAUACAAGGUUAUAGUAGCCAUGGUGCCACUCUAUGUAGCCCUAAUCUUAGGUUAUGGUUCGGUUAAAUGGUGGCGUCUCUUCAAACACGAUCAAUGUGAUGCCAUAAAUCGACUUGUUUGUUACUUCACACUCCCUCUUUUUAACUUAGAUUUCACUGCACAUAGCAAUCCGUUUAAAUGGAACUAUAAGUUCGUAGCCGCAGAUGCUAUUUCUAAGGUUAUAAUAGUAGUCGUGUUAGCCCUAUGGGCUACAUAUAGCAGUAAGGGAAGCUAUUGUUGGUCUAUAACAAGUUUUUCGUUAUCUACCCUAACAAGUUCACUUGUUCUAGGGGUGCCCUUACUAGGGGCCAUGUAUGGUACUUUAGGGGUUGAUUUAGUUGUUCAAUUUUCGGUUACUCAAGCCAUUGUUUGGCUUACAAUUCUUUUGUUUGUUCUUGAGUUUCGUCAAUCUAGAACCGAUUUUCCUAGUACCAUGAAUUGUCAUAAUUCUAUUGAUCAUAACGAUCGAAAUGAUUUACAAGGAAAAAUGAGUAGUAAUGAUGGAGUUAAUGAUGUUAAGAGACCAUCAUUAUGGUCUUUAAUUAAGGUUGUAGGGCUCAAAAUUCUUGCUAAUCCAAAUGCUUAUUCUUGCAUUAUAGGCAUUGUUUGGGCAUUUUUCGCUAGCAGGUUUCAUUUUCAAUUGCCAAGCAUUGUGGACGGGUCGAUACUCAUUAUGUCAAAAGCUGGGACUGGCACUGCUAUGUUUAGUAUGGGCAUGUUCAUGGCUUUGCAAGAGAAAUUGAUCGCAUGCGGACCGAAGCUAACAAUAUUUGGGAUGAUAUUGAAGUUCAUAGCUGGUCCAGCAUCUAUGGCUAUUGCUUCCAUUGCUGUUGGUUUGCAUGGUGACGUUUUACGUAUAGCUAUCAUCCAGGCAGCGCUGCCACAAUCUAUUACUUCCUUCAUAUAUGCAAAAGAAUAUGGACUACAUGCCGAUGUUCUAAGUACUGCGGUGAUUUUCGGCAUGAUGGCAUCCCUUCCAAUUCUGAUAGCAUAUUAUGCAGUUCUUGGGACAACUCAUUCCUUAUAAGAAUAUAAUGUUACAAGUUAAAUACACAAAGGAUGUAUCAUGAAGUAUGUUACUUAGGAGUAUAUUUAUUUAUAAUUGGAUAUACUUUCAUAAACUGAACAAUUUUUUUUAAAGUUUGUACUCACUUCAAUUUAGUGUAAUUGUCUUAUUUGCUUUUUGUAUUCAAUUC